AAAGCUUUAGCGUUCAACUCCUCCUGUCAUCAUCUUUCAUUCAUCUGGACUCUCCUAUCUGUUAAGUGGAACUAUUUUUCGGUCUCCUUGUCGGCAUCUGUCUAAUCGGAGAUGAAUUGUCUCUGGUUUCUGAGCAUGCUCAGUGUGUUCAUCCUGCUACUGCUGGAGGGGCCCGCCUGUGAGGCGAUGACCCUGAACUCCAUCCUCCUUCGUCAGGUGUCAGGAGGACGAGGUGAUGGAGGACAAGGAGUAAGAGGUGUCCACUUCCAUCAGAGGUGGAGGAGGAGCUGGGUGUGGAACCAGUUCUUCGUCCUGGAGGAGUACAUUGGAAACGAGCCCCUGUAUGUCGGGAAGCUCCACUCUAACAUGGAUAAAGGUGAUGGACAGGUGAGGUACGUCCUUAAUGGAGAAGGAGCGACGUCCAUCUUUAGCAUCGAUGAGAACACAGGAGAUAUUCACGCCACUAAGAGGCUGAACCGGGAACAGCAGGCGUACUACACCCUGAGGGCGCAGGCUCGAGACCAAAACACCAACCUGCUGGUCGAACCCGAGUCCCAGUUCGUCAUCAAAGUCCAGGACAUCAAUGACAAUGAGCCCAAGUUCCUGGAUGGGCCAUACAUGGCCAGGGUGGCGGAGAGGUGUCCUGUAGGGACGUCGGUGGUGACGGUUGUGGCCACAGACGCUGAUGAUCCCACUUAUGGAAACUCUGCCCGGCUGGUUUACAGCAUCCUGCAGGGUCAGCCGUACUUCUCUGUGGAGCCAAAGACAGGUGUGGUGCGGACGGCUCUGCCGGACAUGGACCGGGAGGUGCGGGACAGUUACCUGCUGGUGGUCCAGGCCAAAGACAUGAUUGGUCAGAUGGGAGGUUUGUCAGGAACCACCUCUGUCACGGUGAUGCUGAUGGACGUCAACGACAACCCGCCUCGCUUCCCCCGCAAGAGCUACCAGUUCAGUGUGCCGGAGUCAGUUCUGGUUUCAGCAGUGGUCGCUAAGAUUAAAGCUCUGGAUCUGGAUGUUGGUCCAAAUGCUGAGGUGGACUACAGGAUCCUGGACGGAGAUGGACUGGGAACCUUCAAGAUUAUCACAGAUCCAAACACACAGGAAGGACUUGUAACCGUGCUGAAGACUCUGGAUUUUGAGACCAAGUCGAGCUUCAUGCUGCGCGUCGAGGCGUCCAAUCGUUAUGUGGAAACUCGUUUCCUGACGCUGAGUCCGUUCAGCGACGUGGUGACGGUUCGUCUGCUGGUGGAGGACGUAGAUGAGCCUCCAGUCUUCUCGUCCUCCGUCAUUCGGAUGGUGAUCUCCGAGGCAGUUGCAGUGGGAACAGACGUGGGAUCAGUUUCAGCUCAUGACCCCGACACCACGAACAGCCCUGUCAGGUACUCUAUCGACAGGAAGUCAGAUGUGGAGCGUUACUUUAACAUUCACAGCAGAACAGGUGUGAUCACAACAGCCGGUCCUCUGGACAGAGAGCUCGUCGCUCUGCACAACCUCACCGUCCUCGCCACAGAGAGCUUGGAGCGGUCUCAGGUGGGGAAAGCUGUGGUUCUCGUCUCUUUGACUGACGUUAACGACAAUGCUCCGAGCUUCGCCAUCGAGUACAAAACAUUUGUCUGUGAGAACUCCGAUCCUGGACAGAUCAUUGAGACUCUGAGCGCUGUGGAUCGGGACGAACCUGAGGACGGACAUUACUUCUUGUUCUCUCUGACCACUGAGACUGCUGGGAAACUCAACUUCACCCUGAGAGACAAUAAAGACAACACUGCGUCUAUCCUGACUCAGCUUGGUUUCCUGCCGCGAGAUCAGCUGGUUCACUUCCUGCCGGUGGUGAUUUCAGACAGUGGCAGUCCGUCUCUCAGCACCACCAACACACUGUCCAUCACUGUCUGCGACUGCGACGUCAAUGGAAACCGCCGCUCCUGCAGCCAGGGGGCGUCACCGCUGCUGGUGGUUGGCAUUAGCACCGCCGCCACCUCCGCAGUCCUUACCUGCAUCUUCACACUGCUGGGAUUUAUUAUGGUGAUGUUUGCUGUGAGACGCCGAAGGAGCGAGUGUCUGAUUAUGGACGAUGAGCGAGACGUUCGUGAGAACAUUGUUCAUUAUGAUAAUGAAGGAGGAGGUGAGGAAGACACCGAGGCCUUUGACAUGUUUGCUCUGAGACACCUGAACAAAGCUAAACAAAUGCGUGGAGACACCCACGUCCGCCUGUCGGAACUCGGCACCAAAACAACGAAAGACAGGACGGACAAGAACUGGCAGUUCCAGGAGUUCAUCAGGGGCAGAAUGCAGGAGGCCGACCUGGACCUGACGGCGCCCCCCUACGACUCUCUGCAGACCUACGCCUUCGAGGGCAGCGGGUCUCCUGCUGAGUCACUCAGCUCGUUGAACUCGUUAAACUCGUUAAACUCGUUAGAGUCUGAGCAGAACUAUGACUUCCUGAGAGAGUGGGGGCCGAGGUUCAGGAAGCUUGCAGACUUUUACGGACACCAAGAGGAUAGCAGUCUCGCCUCGUAGCCCUCAGCCUGCAGUGAGCACAGGGUGCACCAGAUGAAACAAUGACAGGUGUGUCAGUACAGUAGGUACAGGGGCACUUCCUGUUUGUGUCUCUGUGCUAUCUGAACUGGAGCAGCAUCAGACUGUGCAUUCCAAUACCCACAG